AACCUUCUCUGAGCCACUUACAGGAACUUCAGGCUUAGCUAGUCCAAUGACUUUAAUGAAACAGGAUUUCAGUCGGGGACUUCCACCACCAUCCGAGCUGUGAAUUGCUGGCAUGGACAGCAGCAGAGGGAAGGAAAAAGCUGCGUUGGAAUCCUUGGCAGGAGGAGACCCCUUUGGAUCAGUGGAGCCUGUCAAAAAGCCCACGGGCAGGCUGAUUAUGCACAGCAUGGCCAUGCUUGGCCGGGAGUUUUGCUAUGCAGUGGAAGCUGCCUUUGUCACCCCGGUGCUGCUCAGUGUGGGGCUGCCCAAGAGCCUCUACAGCCUGGUGUGGCUCAUCAGCCCCAUCCUGGGCUUUGUGCUGCAGCCUGUGGUGGGAUCAGCUAGUGACCACUGCACCUCUGGCUGGGGCAAGCGGCGCCCUUACAUCCUGGCUCUGGGCAUUAUGAUGUUGCUGGGUAUGGCUUUGUACCUCAAUGGAGACAUGAUGGUCUCAGCUUUGAGCCCUGAGCGAGGCAAGCAGCGGACCUGGGCCAUAGUCAUAACCAUGCUGGGCGUAGUGCUCUUUGAUUUUGCAGCUGACUUUAUCGAUGGCCCCAUCAAAGCAUAUUUAUUUGAUGUUUGCUCUCAUCAGGAUAAAGAGAAGGGUCUUCAUUACCAUGCUCUCCUCACAGGUCUGGGUGGUGCCCUGGGUUACCUAACAGGUGCUAUGGACUGGGGGAAUUCUGUACUAGGAAGAUUUUUGGGAUCGGAAUUCCAGGUGAUGUGCAUCAUUGCGGCUUUGGUUUUCCUAAUCUGUCUUACUGUACACUUGUGCAGCAUUCCCGAAGCCCCUCUCAGAGAUGACAGUACAGAAACUAAGCUCUUGCUGAAAGUGGAUGGACCCUCCGAGUAUGGUUCCAUCGAGAGUGUCAACAAUGGUUAUCUAAAACCAGGAUAUGCUGAAAAAAAGACUUUAUCUGAGUUGGGGAAAUCCACCGAAACACCACAGACACAGGUUCAGACACGGAUGACCAUUAAAUGCCUCCUGAAGGCAGUUUUAAGCAUGCCUUCCCACUAUCGCUGUCUGUGCAUCAGCCACCUCAUCGGGUGGACAGCUUUCCUUUCCAACAUGCUCUUCUUCACUGACUUCAUGGGACAGAUAGUAUACCACGGAAAUCCUUAUGCGCCACAUAACUCCACAGCUUACCUUACCUAUGAAAGAGGAGUAGAGAUUGGAUGUUGGGGCAUGUGCAUCAAUGCAAUUUCUUCAUCGCUCUAUUCCUACUUGCAAAAAGCUCUUCUGCCUUAUGUAGGAUUAAAGGGACUUUAUUUCAUUGGAUACCUGCUUUUUGGGAUAGGCACUGGGUUUAUUGGACUGUUUCCCAAGGUAUAUUCUACUCUGGCUCUGUGCUCGCUCUUUGGAGUCAUGUCCAGCACUCUGUACACUGUCCCGUUCAACCUCAUUGCAGAAUAUCAUAGGGAGGAAGAGAGCCAAAAGGAACAGCAUGGAGGAGAAACUGAGGCCAUUGGAAGAGGGAAGGGAAUUGACUGCGCGGCUCUCACUUGCAUGGUGCAGCUGGCACAGAUCAUUGUUGGAGGGGGCCUAGGGUUCUUGGUCAGUGCUGCGGGCAGUGUAAUAGUGGUUGUGAUUUGUGCAUCUGCUGUGGCAUUAACAGGCUGUUGCUUUGUUGCUUUUUUUGUUCGGUUUGUCGAAUAGAACAGUGGACAGAUGAAGGAAGAAAUUCCCAUGGGAACAUUGUCAUUCUUGAUCUGUAUCCAUUGGGUGCAAUUUCUACACUGAUAUUUUAUAGCACCCUCUUCUUUCAUUGGCUGGAGUGGUUAAAAUUCCAGGGCAUUAUUUCUCCCCAGAGUGGAAAUAUGUGGUAACAUUGGUGGCCUCGCUUCUCAAGCUGUAAGAUCUCUCCAUGGCUUUCCUUCCUCUUCCCCAAUUUUGUGUUAACAUAUAAGCCACUUUCAUACAUGGCAGUGUAAUGCUCCUCAUCAUUAGUGGUAAUGCUCAUCGUUAGCCAAGCUGGAGAAGAGAAGAGCUGAAAUGUGUGGCUAAAAGAAUGUAUCCAGUAAGGAUGAAAACUGGGAUUACUGAUCCCAAACUCCAAGGAUGGGGGUUCUUAUUAAGAUGGGGGUUCUUAACCUGGGAUCAUGGACCCAAGGAGGUGUCAAGGAGUCACACCCAGUGCUUAAUUUGUGCCAGGGCUGAGCCCCGGCACCUCUAGGCUUGGCAGUUCAUAGCCCCAGCACCUCUAGGCUUGCCACAUCAGUUAUUAAAAUUAAAAAAGUUGCUUAAGCUCCGGCAUCUAAUUGCUUGAGCCUCAGGACCUUCAUUACAGAUUAAGCACUGGUCACAACCACUGUGUCCUUCCAAUAUUGCCAAAUUGGACAGGGGCUCUGGCUAGAUGAGGAGCAGGAGUUGUAUGGAAAAGUGGAUCCUGGUGUGGAAAAGGUUGAGAAGUCCUGCUUUAAGGUAUAUCCCACUACUGGACAGCUUUAUGUGGAAUGUUGUGCUUAUAUAAAUGUGAAGCAAAAACACAGAACAAGAUUAUCAAAUAGGGGUGCCUAGAGAUGGGCUCCUAAAUCCAUAUUGAGGCACCUAAAUAGGGAGUCAGUGGGAAACUGCUGGGAGUUGAGCACCUUUGAAAAUCUAGCCACUUGUUUAAAUGUCUAAACAAGAUUUUAAAAAACCUUGGCCUAAAAUUUGUGAGCCACCUCAAAUGUUCAAGCUGAGUGGUAUGGUACUUACCUUAACUGAAUAAAUUCAGACCUGUUUACCCUACUCUUUUGCACAUGAGAGUCUAACUUGAUCAAAUUCUUGUUUUGCUUCCUUCACAGCAUUCGACAGAAUAUUAUUGUAACUUAAUUCAGUUCCAGAAAGCAUUACCGUAAAUUGUUCCAUAUCCACACCUCAAACCAAUAUAUUAAAUCCUGUAGGCAAACCAGUCUACUUGUAUUUGAGUACGGAGCUUGCAUCUUUAUUUUCAUUAAAACACCAGAAUUUGUUACAGGGAACUUCUCCUGAAUCAUUCCAUCCAGAUUCAAGUCAGUUUCAAAUUGGACCACAAAGGGUUAAGAUUUAAGAUAUCUGAAUGAGCUAUAGAGAUCUGAUUCUGUAUUCCUUACUAACUGCAGUCAAUGGACGUUUGGGGUACUUAAGAAAUACUGGACCAGACCUGUUAUUAAGAUAUAUUCCUGGCUAAAAUGUAUCCAAAAGGAGCAUUGAGCUGCUUGCUUCCAAAGUUAGGCAUUUGUUUUUAAAGCAAAGUGUCUUUAUUUGUGGUGUGCAUCUUCUGUUCUGGUGCUGUUCCUAUCCAUGUCCCAUGUUAAGUGCUAAGCCACAUGAAUCCCUCUGUUAAUGCAAUAUUAUUACACAAUCCCACAGCAAGGGAUCGUUGCCAGGUAUUUUUUCUAAAAAGUACGGUACUGUUCUGACCAACACCAUUUAGUCAAAUGUGUUAUUGACUUCAUCACACAGUGAAGUACCAGCAAACAGCAUGAGGUGACAACCCUGUGCGUGUUGCUCAGGUUUUGAUGUGAGUGCUAGGGUGCUUUUGUAUUGACAUGCCACCUUGAUGCAUUCUUUUAUGUUUUUCGACUCUGCCAAGCGUUUCCCAUAAUGUUAUAAAUCUCUCUUUCACUCUCCCUGUCAUUGUGACGGGGUGUCCACCCCACACAAGGCCAAGCAGCUUGUUGGGCUGCACCUCGGAGACAGUCAAGGCCUGAAAAGCUAACUGAUGAUGGAUCCCAGCUGGGCAGAAGAGGGCUGCAAGGAAAGUAGCAUGCAGUCUCUCCCUGGGAAAAGGGAGGUGUGUCUGGAGCUACAGUGUCUGGCAAGAAGCCAAAGAAAGGAGUAAUCUAGUUACUCCCUGGGAGGAGGGAGUUUGGGCUGGCAGACCCAGAGGAGCGGGCUAGAAGAUAGAGAAGGGAAGAAGGAAUGAAUCUAGGGAAAUAGCAAGAGGGUUUGGGAGCAAGCAGCCUGGAGUUACUUGACAGAGGCUCCCUGAACUGGAACCUGGAGUAGGGGAUGAGCCUGGGUUCCCUGCCAGCCACAGAGAAAGUAGUGUAGGACCUGGCCUUGGAGCAGAAGACUGUCUAGAAUGGCUCAGUGGGACUUUGAUACCCCAGAAAGGGAAGACUAUACAGGGAGCUGGCCAGAGGGCUGAGACAUGAAGAGGGAGAGCUGCGAGUCUGGAGAUCAAGGGGUGGGGAUGCAGUGUGAACAAUUGUUGGAAGGAGGGCAUCUGACCUGAGUGGAGCUAAUCCCCUGACCUAGCCACAGGGAAGCACCCAACAGUAAGCCCCUGGAGGUCAAUUAUCAAACGUGUUUCCUUGCUGACAUUUGAGAUUUCAGUGAAGACUCAUACUGGCGAAUUCCAGUCUCCAUCCUUGGGCAUCUGCAUGGUGUACCUCCCCCCCGAACAUUGUUCUCAUCCCCCCUGACAGUACAGCUCAGGACAGACUCCCCCAUUGCAUUGCUGCCUGUUAAUCUCUCUCCCUUAUUACCUCUGCUGUUUGAUUAUGAAGAGAGAGCACUAAAUACCAGUGGAAUCAGGCUCGGGGGCUCAAAGGGUGGCUUGUCAGCUCUGCAGCGUGCUCUCCCCUCCGACCUGAUCUUGUGGAAGCCCAUUCACCAAUACUGUGUUGCAUUUGAGCUCACAUAGUCAGGGAUUGGACAGAAACUAAAACACAUCCCCUGCUUCUUUAAGACUCCAGAAUAAUAUUCCUGCUGAAGCAUCUCCUACAGAAAAAGGCAUCCUCACAAAAAUACAAAUAUUCUGAUUAGAAAAAUGGAAAUAUUCCAGGUGUGUGCAUCUUAUGGAAAAAAAACUUUUAAAUGGCAGCAAAACCAAUCUUAAAUAUUACAGGUCCUAAGCAGAAAACAAAGGUUUGCUUCAGCGCUUUGAAAAUGUCACAGAUAUAAAACAUGUUCACUGUAGAACCAUUCAUUCCAAGGGUUCCACCAAUUCUGUCCUUUUAAUUUCAUUUCAAAGCAUGGACCAAAUUAUAAAUAGGAUCAGUUAUUGCAUUUAAUAGCAGACUGAUGGGUGCUUUUAACUGAAUAACAUGGGCUAUGAAGUCAGGAAGACAUUGAGCUUGGCACUGGUCAUCCAGUUUUACCCUUGAUAUAAAUAGGAUCCAAUAUAUACAGAUCUGAUGUGGAGUAUAACCAAAUAGAGUGAGAGUGUGUUUGUGUGUGUGUGUAGGCAUGUGUGUAGGCGUGUGUAGGCAGGCACCCUGUCCAGGUGUUUGUCUAACCCAGUUGUUCUCAACCCAUGAUCUGUGGGCUACUUGUCGCCCAAUCAUCACACAACUGCGGCCCAUGUGACAUCCUCAGGGCCAUACAGGUAGAAUAUGUAUUUACACCUGAGGGAAUUCUGUGCCACUGUGCAUGUGCAGAAUUCAUGACCAGUGCAGAAUUUUUUUUCCACAGAAAAUACAUUUUACCUGAGAAAUGCUGCAGUUCUACCUUCACCCACCAGAGGCCUUUGUGGCACCAGAACAGCUAGCAGCUGCCUGAAUUCAUCAGAGCACCCUGCCCAUUGAGCCAGGUUAGAACAGACAGAGUGGGGCACACGAGGCUGCUGGGGGUCACAGACUGGGGUUCAGAGUGGCUAGUUGGGGGGAUAGACUAGGGCUUGGGCUCAGGAGCUAGUGGACUGACAGAAUUGAGCCAGGGGCUGAAUGGGAGGGGUGCUGCAGGGCCACAUCGGGCAUGGGGGAGGGAGCUGUAGGGACACAUGGGGAAGAGGGACAGAUGUGUCCAACUGAAUGGGAGAGGUUCGGGAUCAGCAAGUGUCUGCAUGGGGGAGGCUCCACAAUUCCCUAACAAUCCCCCCCCCCUCAAAAAUAUCUGUUCUAUACUACUCCCACACACCCUCUAGGUUUACUUCCAGGCUCCUUUCCUCUCCCUCAGCUCCUCUGUUACUCCAACUCCCCCAAGCCUUUGCACUGCUUCUGAGGGGUGCAAGAAAUACAUUCCUGUAUUGCAAAAAGAACAGGAGUACUUGUGGCACCUUAGAAACUAACAAAUUUAUUAGAGCAUAAGCUUUCAUGGGCUGCAGUUCACUUCAUCGGAUGAAUAGAAUGGAACAUAUAGUAAGAAGAUAUAUAUAUAUAUAUAUGCAUACAGAUAAGUUGGAAGUUGCCAUACAAACUGAGAGAGGCUAAUUAGUUAAGAUGAGCUAUUAUCAGCAGGAGAAAAAAAACGUUUGUAGUGAUAAUCAAGAUGGCCCAUUUAGACAGUUGACAAGAAGGUGUGAGGAUACUUAACUUUAGGGAAAUAGAUUCAAUAUGUAUAAUGACCCAGCCACUCCCAGUCUCUAUUCAAACCCAAGUUAAUGGUAUCUACUUUGCAUAUUAAUUCAAGCUCAGCAGUUUCUCGUUGGAGUCUGUUUUUGAAGCUUUUCUGUUGCAAAAUUGACAGCCUUAAAUCUUUUACUGAGUGGCCAGAGAGGUUGAAGUGUUCUCCUACUGGUUUUUGAAUGUUAUGAUUCCUGUUGUCGGAUUUGUGUCCAUUUAUUCUUUUGCAUAGAUAUUGUCCGGGUUGGCCAAUGUACAUGGCAGAGGGGCAUUGCUGGCACAUGAUGGCAUAUAUCACAUUGGUAGAUGUGCAGGUGAAUGAGUCCCUGAUGGUGUGGCUGAUGUGGUUAGGUCCUAUGAUGGUGUCCCUUGAAUAGACAUGUGGACAGAGUUUGCAACAGGGUUUGCUGCAAGGAUAGGUUCCUGGGUUAGUGUUCUUGUUGUGUGGUGUGUAGUUGCGGGUGAGUAUUUGCUUCAGGUUGGGGGGCUGUCUGUAAGUGAGGAUUGGCCUAUCUCCCAAGGUCUGUACUGUUACAGACAUAUUUGCUGACAGGUAUUUUGAAAUAAAUUACCAAAAUAAUUGAAGCUGGCAUAAUUGUAUUUUGACAAAUAAAAUAUGCAG